GGACAGAGGAGCAGAGAGAGAGAAACCACCUCUCUUCUCUUUGCUUUUCAUUCGAUCUCGGCUCCCCUGCGACUUUUCUGAUUCUGCUCAACUGGGAUUUUGUUUCUCGUGGAGACCGACACAAACUUGAGGAAAAGUAGAAAAAGAAGAAGAGGAGAGGACUGUGAAGGAGGAUCCGGCCAUGGCCUCCUGGUUCAGCUGGAAUGAGCCUUACUACCGGAGCCCCCGGCGGGACCCGGCCGACGUGGUCACCGACACCCUGAUGCUGGAGUUCAGCUGGCAGCUGAAGGAGGCCGAGAGGCAGCAGAAGGAGAGGGAGAGCGAGUACCGGCGCCUGAAGACCGGGGUGGACUACAGCUGGCUGGCCAGCACGCCCCGCUCCUCCUACAGCAUCCCCACCGGCGAGAGGCUCAGCCUGGAGGACAUCUGCUCCAAGGUGCCGCCCUCCUGCUGCGGCCUGGUCAUUCUCAAGUUCAGGGAGGCCAUGCAGGCCAACGAGCCCGAGGUGCAGGAGGUGUCGGACCUGUUCCGCUCCGUCCUCCUCGAGGCUCUGGACCACCUGAAGGAGGAGCAGGAGGCGCAGCGGCUCGCCCGCCAGUGGAACAACAAACGGGCCAUGAGCGUGUCCCUCGUGAACUUCAGGUCCCGGAUCAAGAUCAACCCCUUCGGCAGCACGGUGGGCCUGACCUCCUCCGCGGCCGAGGGCGCCGGGACGAGCGACCUCAAGACGGUGUCCGAGGACGUGGAGAGGGGGACGGAGAAGGAGCAGCGGGUGUGGAGCAUGCCCGACUUCAGGCACAAAGGAGCCAGCAGCAGCAGGGUUGUUUGACAGUGGGGCCUUCAAGAGACGACAUUCUGAGGCGGGACAGAUGCUGACCUCCUGACCUCUGCUGUUGAACUCCCAGUUUGCAUCAGGCGACGGAGGAGUCCCAUCAUCCUCCUGUUCUCCCAGUUUGAGAACACGCAGCAUUUCAUCGGCUGAGAGGAGGAUGUCAGAGCUUCUGAUCCUGGACUAAACACUUGAAGGAGUUUCAAGGUUUCAGGAGAUAAUCACCACUUUAUAUUUUGUAGAUUCUUGGCAUCUGAGCACAAAGAGAUAUUUGCUGUAGCUUGGUUCUGAUGUUUAUCUCAUUCAAAGUCUUUCACGUUGCAGGAGAAACUGUGUUAAAUCAGACAACACUCGAUGCCUGAGAGGGGAAUGAUGUUCGAGGACAGAAUGUGAUUUCUGGGUAUAUGUAUUUCUUCCAGUCCAAUUAUAGAUAUUUCAUUUU